CUACCAGGUCUUAUGAGAGGAGGUAUGCAGGAGGUAUAUGUGAGAUCUAAUAAGAAUGAUCUUGUUAGAUUGUGUGUAUAAUUCACAUAUAAAUAGGAUGUUUAGAUUCUUCAUUUCUCCUUUUUCUAUUCCUUUCCUUUGAUCAAAUGGGGGAAUUGUUGCUCAAAUAAUGUUGGUGGGCAAGUAGCAAUUAGAGGCACAUAGUAAUCCCAUUGAAGGGAGUUCGGCUUCGGUCCAGGCACCCUCAGGCACCGUUUGCGCAAUUGGAGGACGCGCCGAUUCGUGUAAACGGUUGAAGCAUGCGAGGGAUGCUUCACGCCGUUAGUGACUCGUUCUCUCCCUUGACUCUUGAGUGUCACUGGCGGACUUGCUUCUCCCUCUCUCUCCCCCAUCCACCCGGCGGCGGCUUAACAUCCAUUACCGGGGAGAGAGAGGGAGAAGCAAGUCCGCCACUCGUCUACUCCCUGUAGAUUCAAUGGCUUCUCUAUGUUGGUCGCUGGGGCCGUUGGCUUCGUGGGUACCCACUGCUCAACCCACCAUUGUCUGGGCAUCGUCUAGCUCCGUCUACGGCCUGAACACCGAUAACCCAUUUUCUGAAUCCCACCGGACAGACCAACCGGCGAGUCUGUACGCCGCAACAAAGAAAGCUGGCGAGGAGAUAGCUCACACUUACAAUCACAUCUACGGUGUCUCCAUUACAGGACUCCGCUUCUUCACCGUCUACGGCCCGUGGGGACGACUCCACAUGGCUUACUUCUUCUUCACUAAGGAUAUUUUUCAGGGCAAGCCCAUUACCAUUUAUCGAACACAGGACAAUAAGGAAGUCGCCCGAAACUUCACUUACACCGACGACGUCGUGAAGGGAUGCCUUGGCGCGCUGGACACGACGGAAAAGAGCAUGUGAAGGAAUGCCUUAAGCUAAACAUAAAAUAAACAACUUUCACCAGAAAGUAUUCCCUUCCCUUUUUCAGUUUUUCCGAUCUUGCACAAGAGCUUACCUAACAGAGAAUGAGGUCAAAGUAUUUGCGACAAAAAAACCUAUAAAAUAGAGCAAAAGAAUUUUCGAAUUUUUGUUCCUGUGUUCGGUUUAAAAUCUAAGCUAGGAGUUCGAUUCUUGAAAAUUUCGGUCACUUCUGAUUUUAAAUAGAGAGCAUAAAGAUUGAAAUCCUUGUUAUUGUAACAGGAAAAUUUGGAUUAACACUCCAAGAAAUAGACGUCGGCAAUUGGACCGUAGAAAAUAGGGAUUUUGAUCUUCCAUCACGAGCAGAAAA